UACAGUAAAGUUGUACACUGCCAUUCAUAACUCGAAAGUAACCUUUACAACAACUGUCAUAGAAUAAAUAUUAAUAUUAUCAUUGAAUCAUUUUAAUCUUUCUGUUAUAUUAUUUUAUGCAACUGCCGUAGUAGUAGUUGACAGUUGUAGUUGUGCCGUCCGAAACAUUAUCACUUGGUUAAUCAUAGUAAUAAUAAUAUUCAAUUUAAUCUAAUUUUCAUAUUUCAUAAUAUCAAACCGUAAAAGUUGUACAGUCGCGAUUGUCUGAUAGAUUGCAUGUCCUGAAGUGAUCAAUUUUAUUAUUUUCGUAGUCGUACUGCUCAACUGCUGUCAAGUAAUGAUGUGCUAUCAGUUAGCAUUGUCGAAUGUAGAACCGCUGUAGUUAUCGAAAUAAAAUACUUCUCGUUUGUACUACUAUAGGUACUUGUAAGUUGUAACAGUUGUAACCCUAUAAUAGUAUUAUACAUACUAUGUUGGAUUUACAAGAAUCAAAGUCUAAAAAACCAGCUGAUACAGCAUUCAAACAGCAACGGCUGCCUGCGUGGCAACCAAUUCUAACGGCACGCAAUGUAAUGCCCAUAUUCUUUGCAGUUGCAGCAGCAUUUAUUCCAAUUGGCAUAGGUUUACUAUACCUCACAAAUCUGGUUCAAGAAUUUACUCUUGAUUAUACCCACUGCAAAUCAAUUGAUCAUCCGGGAUCUUGUGCCGAAUUCAUUGGUAGCAAUCGUAAUAUGUCUUGCCAUUGCACUAUUCCAUUUAAAUUGGAAGAAGAUUUUACUCCCAAUGUUUACAUGUACUAUGGAUUAACCAACUAUUACCAAAACCAUCGACGUUAUGUAAAAUCAAGGGAUGAUUUUCAGUUGCUUGGAAAACUAAGCAAAACUCCAUCUAGUGACUGUGCUCCAUAUGAUUAUCACAACAACAAGCCAAUUGCUCCUUGUGGAGCUAUUGCCAAUUCAUUAUUCAGUGAUAAUUUAUCAUUGAUGUACAAUGAAAAAACUGUUCCAUUACUUCGAACACAAAUUGCUUGGGAAUCUGAUAAAAGUAUCAAAUAUCAAAAUCCAGAACAUUCAGAAGGAAAUUUGAAAGAAGCAUUUAAAGAUUUUGAAAAACCAAUUGACUGGCGUGUGAAUAUAUGGGAAUUGGAUAAGGAAAAUGAAUUAAACAAUGGUUUUGAAAAUGAAGAUUUGAUUGUUUGGAUGCGAACUGCAGCACUUCCGGAUUUUCGUAAAUUAUACAGGCGUAUUGAUCAUUCUAAGGAAUUUAAAAAUGGCUUGCCUAAAGGAAAUUACAAAUUAAUCAUAGAUUAUAAUUAUCCAGUAGCAGGUUUUGGUGGAACGAAAAGUUUGAUACUGUCCAAUACUUCAUUUACAGGAGGCAGAAACUUAUUUCUUGGAUAUGCUUAUAUUGUUGUUGGAUGUUGCUGCUUUUUAUUAGGGUUAUUGUUUUUAAUUCUUCAUAUCAAAUAUAAACCAAGUGUAAAUACAGGAGACAUUUCCGUUGUUUCGCCAUCAACAUCUUAUCAAUAAUUUAGUAUAAUUAUUUCUUCAA